CAAAACUUGAAAUAUAUUGGCAACACUGUUCACUAUUAUCGCACUUCAUGAAAGUCAGACGCUGCCAACAGUCAUUUAGGUUUGGUCUUUUCGCUCCGCUUUCCGUUUCCGCUGGUUCUAAAAAUGGCCACAACUAUAUCGAAGAAACGCAAAUUCGUCGGUGACGGCGUGUUCAAGGCGGAAUUGAAUGAAUUCCUAACUAGAGAACUGUCUGAAGAUGGUUACUCCGGUGUGGAGGUGCGUGUUACCCCAACACGUACAGAGAUCAUUAUUAUGGCGACCAGAACCGACCGUGUCUUGGGAGAGAAGAACAGGAGAAUCAGGGAAUUGACAUCUGUUGUACAGAAACGUUUUAAUUUCCCCGAAAACUCCAUUGUUCUCUAUGGAGAGAAGGUCGCUAAUAGAGGUCUGUGCGCCAUUGCCCAGGCCGAAUCUUUGAGGUUCAAAUUGAUCGGUGGUUUGGCUGUACGACGAGCCUGCUAUGGUGUUUUAAGAUACAUCAUGGAAUGCGGUGCUAAAGGUUGCGAAGUUGUGGUGUCUGGAAAACUGAGAGGACAAAGAGCUAAGUCCAUGAAGUUUGUUGAUGGGCUCAUGAUCCAUUCGGGAGACCCAUGCAACGACUAUGUAGACACUGCUACUCGCCAUGUGUUGCUCAGACAAGGUGUUUUGGGAAUUAAGGUGAAAAUCAUGUUGCCUUAUGACCCCACCGGUAAAAUUGGACCGAAGAAGCCUCUACCUGACAAUGUUUCAGUAGUGGAACCCAAAGAUGAAGUGGUACCCACGGUACCUUCAUCUGAAAUUAAGGCUGAUGUGCCUGUUUGAAAAUUUUACAAAUAAAUAAAAUUUCAUUCC